UCCUCUUUGCUUGGGGGCGCCCAGGAGUGUCCGGCAGGGUGGCUGCGAGUUCGGGACCUGGCGCGACCUCGGGGCCGGGGCGCGGGGCAAGUUGCAGACCCCUCUUUGUGGAGGAUUGGUGGCUUCCAUCAAGAACUAACAGAGAAACGGAGGCCUUGUGAUGGCUACUAAAUUGGAAAACCACUGCCACUUGGGCUUCCAUGCUGCCACCCUGUUCCAUCAGGCCAGUUUGCCUCAGGUGAAAGUGGAAGCAGAAGAGAUUCCAGUUUCUGAUUUCAGAAAGGGCCACGGUGGAGACAAACAGAUAGAGGCACUAUGGAUGUCUCCACCACGUGCUAGUCCUGAAGUUUUGUCCCCUCAUGGGGCAGUCCAGUGGCUCGAGGAAAUAAAGAACUCAGCAGCAUUUGUAGAAGAUGGGCAGGAGUGUAUUCUGAAGAGUGCUCAACUUCCUCAGUUAUCUCCUGGGACUGAUGCUGAGAUCUACCUGGCCACGUUUGAGCAAGUGGCCUCAAUCUGUGGGUGGCCGAAAUCUGAGUGGGUGAUGCGGCUUGUGCCAUUGCUUACUGGAGAUGCCCAGCAAGCUUAUAACAGCCUAGAGCCCAUUGAUGCGGAGGACUAUGCAAAAGUGAAGACUGCCAUUCUGCGAGAGGACAUGGUUAGCACAGAGACCUGGCGCCAACGCUUCCGGCAGUUUGGCUGUCAUGAAGCUAGCGGGCCCCGUGAGGCCUGUAGCCUUCUGUGGGAACUUGGCCGUUGUUGGCUGAAGCCAGAGAGCCACACCAAGGAGCAGAUCCUGGAGCUGCUGGUUCUGGAGCAGUUCUUGAUGGUCUUGCCAGAGGAAAUGCAGAGAUGGGUGUUGGAGCAUCAACCAAAAACCUGUGCUCAGGCCGUGGACCUGGCAGAAGAGUUCCAAGAGGACACAAGACUCAAGGCCAAGGCUUCAGAAGAUCAGGCAGCUGUGUGUGUGAAGAUUGAGGAAGUGACCUCAGAGACAAUGGAUGCAGACCCUGUGAGGGAAUCUCCCCCUUCUCAGUUCUGUCCUGACAGGAGUGCCCAACAGGGAGAAGGACAGAUUGAGUACAAGUUAUCCCUUGUCUCUGGAAAGGAGCCACAAGAAAUGGGGGUAAAGACUUGUAGAACCACAUCAUGUGAGAAGCAGCGUGCUGUUAACUGGGGAGAGAAAGAGACCCGAGCUUUCCUGAGCAUCUGGGGGCAUGAGCACAUCCAGAAGAUUUUGCAGCACCAGUCUCAGGAUGAGGAGGUCUAUAAGAAGAUUGCUCUGCAAAUGAUAGCCCUGGGCUAUGACCGUGACUGGGAGCAAUGCCGCCAGCGUGCUAAAGAGCUUUGCCGGGGCUACAAAGACGUAAGAGACCAGAACUGGCACACUGGACGUGGGCGACAAAUGUGGCAGUAUUUUGAGGAUCUGGAUGCCAUUCUUGGCCCACUGUUGGAACUGGGUCACAGGUAUGAGAGAAACGAUGGUGCUGGCGAUUUAGGUGGGGACAUCUGCCUUGGAGGGUCCAUGGAGGCCGACUCCCAGAGCUCAGCUGAGCUUGCUGAUAUGGAACAGAAUGGCAUCUGGGCCAUGGAGCUCAAGGAAAGGAAGGAUAAUAGCCAGGCCCUCUUCCAGAGAGCUGCCAACUGGGGGGAAAAGGAAACGCGGGAUUUCCUUCGGAUUUGGGGGCAGAAGCGUGUCCAGAGACUUCUCCAUCAGCAGCACUGGAACGAGGGCAUCUAUAAAGAGGUUUCGGUGGAGAUGGCAGCCUUGGGCUACAGCAGGGACUGGGAGCAGUGUCGUCAGCGUGCAAAGGAUCUCCGGCGCGGCUACAAGGACAUUAAGGACCGCAAGAGGCGUUCUGCUCGUGGCCGUAAAGUUUGGCAGUACUUUGAAGAGCUGGAUGUGAUUCUGGGGCAGGGAGCAGAUUCCUUGCAGAACUGGAAAGAUGAUUUUAUGGACGAAGGGCUGUCCACACAGAACGCAAGCCCUGUGGGGGCUCAGGACUCUGAUCAGAUGGAUGGGAUGUCAGGUUCUAGCGAGGAGGUGGAGGACCUCCCGGUGCCCUGCCAAAGAGCCGAGAAAUGGGGGGAGAAAGAGACGCUGGACUUUCUGGGCAUUUGGGGUCAAGACCACAUCCAGAGCUUGCUCCAUCACCAUCAUCGGAAUGAGGAGGUUUAUAAGAAAAUAGCAGCAGACAUGGCCAUCUUGGGGUACGAGCGUGACUGGGAGCAGUGCCGCCAAAGGGCCAAAGAUCUUCGGCGGGGCUACCGGGAGGUGAAGGACCAAAACCUGUGCUCGAGACGGGGAAGGCAGAUGUGGCAGUACUUUGAAGAGUUGGACGGGAUAUUGAGGAGGUGGUAUGAAGUGGGCAGUGAGCAUGUCGAGGAGCAGGUGGGUUUAGAUGGUGCUUCUGGGGGGACCUGCACCCAGAAACACCAUCUAGGGCAUCAUGUUUCAUGCCACACUCACCCAGCUGAAAGGUCAAAUUCACCAGACACUUCAGCGUUGCAGGUUAAAGAGACUACGGACAGCAAUGGCCAUGCAGAGCAGGUUGGUGGCCAGACUCCUGCUCAGCGAGCUGCCAAAUGGGGGGAGAGAGAGACUCGGGAUUUCCUGAGCAUUUGGGGACAUGACAGUGUCCAAGGUCAGCUCCACCAACAGUACCGCAACGAGGAGGUCUACAAGCAGAUCGCAACACAGAUGGCUGCCCUGGGGUACGACCGCGACUGGGAGCAGUGCCGUCAGCGUGCCAAAGACCUUCGCCGCAGCUACCGGGAUGCUAAAGACCAGAACAGGCGCUACGGCCGUGGCCGUCAAGUGUGGCAGUACUUUGAGGAACUAGAUGCCAUCUUGGGCCGCUGGUCGGACAAAGGCAGUGGGCCCAAUGAGAGGGACAAAGGAGAAGAUGGCCCUGCCUUGGAACUUCACACUGGAGGAUCUGUAUCACUCUGUGUGUCCACAAGCAAUAUUGCUGGACCUGUCUUGUUAGAAACUCAGCUGCAGGGGCCUGCUAAGAGGGGAAGGGUACAAGUGGCUGAGGAAACGGCCAUGUUGGAUAGCUGUAGCUGCUGAACCAAGUCCUGCUUGUCCAUGUAGAACAGCUUUUCUCAACUUUU